UCUCUUUUUCAAACCCUCUUUACCAUUCUUUAUAUAAACACUCCACAACUCUUACAAAAGUUGAACAACAUCACAACACAACACAACACACCAAAACACAAAACUUAUAACUAACUAUGGAUUGGUUCUCAUGGCUCUCAAAAACAAGCCUUGAGCCAACCCUAGUGUAUGAGUAUGGUCUUACUUUUGCACACAAUGAGCUUGAAGAAGAAGACAUGAUAUACUUCAACCAUGAGUUUCUGAUGAGCAUGGGAAUCUCCAUAGCCAAACACAGGCUAGAGAUUCUGAAGCUGGCGAGGAAAGUGAAGGGAAAGAGGGCACCACCGCGUCCUGUGGCGAGGCUCAUGGUGGCGAUCAAGAGGACGAAGAGGUGUUUGGCCAAUUACUUUCGCACCUUCAUCAGCUGUGAGGAAGAGUCUUCGGCACUUGUUGUGGUGCCAUCAUCGAGAACAAGGCCUUAUGGGACAAGAUGGAAGAGCCAUGUGAUGAAGAGGAAUAACAAAAACAAAAAGUUGAUGGUGGCUAAGCAAGAGAGGCUCUUGCUCACAAAUGGAAGUCCUAACACUUUGCUGCAUCAUGGCCUUGAUGCUUUUACCAGUCCCAUGGUUUACCAUUUCAACAAGGAGGAAAAGAUGGAAGAUGAUGAUGAUGAUCAUGGUGGAUACUGGUCUUCAGCUGCUGCAGAAGAAAUCAGGUGGGAUACCAUGUUCCAGGAUCUAAAGCCAAAUUGAUAAAUUUUUUUUCCUUUCUGGGGUUGAUUCUAUAAUCCCUUAUCUUUCUUUUAUUUCUUUUAUUACUUUUUGGUCUCUUUUUUCGUUAAAAAAUGUCAAGUUGGUCAUCUAGAUUUUUUAAUCUCAGUUUGAUUCUAAUUUUGAAAACUUUGAUGCAAUUUUAUUCUUUUUGUUAAUUUUUUUGAAACGGAUCAAAUUUUUUUUUUUAUCAAAAUUGACACUAUGGUUGUGUUAGUUAUACUAACAAAGCAAACCAUCCUUAUCAACUUCAAUUUUGAUAAAAAAUCUUUGACCUGUAUCAAGAAAUUUAACAAAAAUAACUAAAUUGCAUAAACUUUUUAAAAAUCGAGAUCAAAUUAAGAAUAAAAGAAAAUAGAAUACCAAUUUUACAUUUUUUGAAAAGAACAGAGACUAAAAGUAUAAUUAAUCCCCUUAUCUUUUUGAUUACUUGGUGAGAGAUGGGUUUUUUGGGUUCUUCCACCAGCAUACUUUUGUUGUUGUUUUUAUGAAAGGUGUGGGUCAUGCGGAUAGGUAACUUUAGCAUGCAGGUAUCUGUUUCAGUAAUGAGAUUGUCUACUUUGCUUUUUGUAUGGUCAUGUGAUGGAUGCCCAUUAGCUUUUUUGAUAGGGCAAAAUUUGAAUUAGAUUAGCGUGUUUAUGGGGGGAGAAUGAUUUGAGGUAGAUGUUUAGUUUUGUUACUUUACUUUACCAACUUUGAAACCCCAAUUAAAAAGUUUGGCUUGACUUUGGGUUUGUGCAAUGUAAUGUCUUGUGGUUGACGAUACACACAUUAACAGAGUAUAUUUAGUAUUUAAUACAAUACUUACAACAUUGCCAUUCUUGUGUUUGAACUAAUUCUUCAUUGAA